AUGGAAGCUUUUGAUCAUUCCCAUUUUGUUAACACCUUUCCCUUUUCUUUCCCUUUUCCUAUCCCUUCUACUGCCACCAUAACAACAAACACUUCCAUCACUACUAAUCCUUCUUGGAUGGACUCCAGGAUUUGGAGUAGACUCCCUCAACGACUCGUCGACCGAGUUAUCGCUUUCCUUCCUCCGCCGGCCUUCUUUCGUGCCCGGUCCGUGUGCAAGAGAUGGUAUUCUCUCUUGUUCUCUCACACUUUCCUUCAAAUGUACCUCCAUAUCAAUCACAAAUCCUACUAUUUCAUUUUCUUUAAACAAAAGCCACAAAACCCUAAAACCACCACCACUACAACUAUCUUGAAAACCACAAACACCACUCACACCCCUACCGAUAACAUGGUCCCACAUGAAGGUUAUCUUUUGGACCCAAAAACCCUUUCUUGGAACCGUUUCGUGUUCCCACUGAUCCCACCAGGGUUUUCACCCACGUGUUCCUCUGGUGGGCUCAUAUGUUGGGUGUCGGAUGAAGCGGGUUCGAAAGGUCUGUUACUUUCGAACCCACUUUUUCCAUCUUUAGUCACCCCACUUCCAUCAACCCUAAGACCUAGAUUAUUCCCAUCAAUAGGGCUAACAAUCUCAAACUCUUCAAUUGAUGUAAUGGUAGCUGGUGAUGAUUUAAUUUCCCCAUAUGCAGUCAAAAACUUGACAACUGAAAGCUUUCACAUUGAUGUUGGUGGAUUUUAUUCCAUUUGGGGGACCACAUCAUCUUUACCAAGAUUAUGUAGCUUGGAAUCUGGAAAAAUGGUCUAUGUUCAAAAUAACAACUCACCUGGCAAAUUUUACUGCAUGAACUAUAGUCCUUUUAGUGUGUUGGGUUACGAUAUGGUUCGAAACGAAUGGUCAAAAAUACAAGCACCCAUGAGGAGGUUUCUUAGGUCUCCAAGUUUAGUUGAGAGUAAAGGCAAGCUAGUGCUAAUUGCAGCAGUGGAGAAAAGUAAGCUGAAUGUUCCUAGGAGUUUAAGGAUGUGGGGUUUACAAAACUGUGGGACCACAUGGGUCGAAAUCGAGAGAAUGCCGCAGCAGUUGUAUGUGCAGUUUGCUGAGUUGGAGGGCGGGAGAGGCUUUACUUGUGUUGGAAAUGGAGAGUUUGUGGUGGUUAUGAUUGUGGGGGGGUCCGCGGAGAAGGCGUUGUUGUUUGAUUUUAGUAAGAAAAGAUGGGUUUGGAUUCCGCCGUGCCCUUAUCUGGGCGGUGGUGGUGCCAGCGGCAGCGGUGGUGAGUUGAAUGGUUUUGCUUAUGACCCUAGGCUUGCUACACCUGUAACUGGACUACUUGAUCAGUUGACUACUUUAAAUCCGUUUUAGUGUACUACUAUAUAAUAUAUGAUCUAGCUAUAGCUAUAUCUAUCUUUUAUAUUAAAGUUGUAUGUACCGUCUAGUUUGUUUGUUUGUUUUCUAGGGUUAAUUAUGUAAUCGAUCAAAAUGAAUCUAAUGAUGGAAUG